AUGGAGGAGCGCAAGAAGAAAGAGAUUCGCGAUCUCUACGCCACCCUCGAUGCCGUGGACAUGGAGCAGGAGCGGCUGGAGGAGAGUGUUGGCGACCGCCAAGUGAGGGAGGAAACGGAGCUGUUGGCGCUAGAGACGAGUCUGCUGGUGAAGACGACCGAGCUCGAGGAGAAAGAGCAGGAGUUGGCGUCGAAGCGCGCAGAGCUGAAGCGGUACACGGCGGAGCGGAUCGAAGCUCUUGAAAGUCGGUAUGCGAAGGAAAUGGAGGCUCAGGCCGCGGAGGUGCGCAGCCUCGAUGGGGCGCGUUUGGAAAAGCAGUUGCAACACGUAUGUGACAUGAGGUUGGCCACCGAGCAGACGGUGCGCGAGUUGCGAGAGCGAGCGGCGCUCGUGCUCGAGAUGCAACCUUACAGUGAAGCUGGUGUGCGUCUUGCCCUUUUCCCUAUCACCUCCAACGUUGCAGUGCCGCCAACAGGCGACACAGACUCGUCCAGCUCUACAGCCGGCGCUGCCGGCGCCUCGUCAGCUGAACCGUCCUCUACAGAACUAGGGAGCGCCUUGCAGCGGGCAGUGAUGGUACUGCGCGGUUAUUGCGACAAGCGCCUGCGCCACACGCGCGAUAACCUUGUCGACUACGUGCACACCAGCACGCUUGAUGCGGCACACUCGGUCCGGCGAGGGCGAGAGCAAGCGUGGAUGCAGGACGCGGUGCAGCACAAGCAAGUCUUCAGCCGCUACAUGGUGGACAUGAUGCAGCGGUACAUGGUCUUUUACAAGGAGCGGGCGGUCCUCAAGCAGGACAACAUUGCAGCGCUGCAGGCGGAUGUGCAGCGGAUGGCUGCGCAGCUGCGCGGCCACGCCGCAGAGCGGCUGCAGCAGCUACUGAGAGAUGUGACGGCCAGGAUCACACUCUCCACGCAGCGCCACACGCAGGCAGCCGAGGAGGCGCGCGCGCUUCUGCAGAAAAAGGUGAACACCAUUGUGGAGGGCGACAUGGCGAUGGCGGACGCGCAGCACCGGGAGCUGGAGGGCCGCCUGCUUGCGGAGGCCAACGCACGCCGUCAGCGUCACCACGCCGAGGACGAAUCGCUGACGGAGCAGCUACAACGAUUGCGCCGCUCCGGCGAGGCGGCCAACCGAAACGUCUUUCAGGCACUCCGUGAUGCCGCUAGCGCGACCAGCAGCCAGCACGCACAGCCCCUCCGGGAGGAGGUUCUGGCGUUGAAGACGCGCUUGGUGGAGCGUCUACGCGGCGGUACGUCAGGGGUGGCCGCUGCGUGUAGUGUAGCUCGCAUGCAUACCGAAGAGCUUACACACGUUUUACGCAGCACCAUGGCGCAGGAGGCCGCGCGCCAGCAGGCUGCGUCCCUCCUGCGCCAGCAGUGCGACGAGCUGCGGCGUGGUUUGACGACGUCUCUAUGCACGGAGGCUGUGGAGCGACUACAGCAGACGCGCUGUGCUCAGCACGCACACCAAGCCCGCAUCGACGCCUUGGCGAAGUCGUGGGGGGCGGCGCACCUUCAGAACCUCGCUGCGGCAUGCUCGCUGAUUCUUCCCGUGUCCAGCAGUACUCCUGGCACCGCGGACGCCCAGUAUGUGUCGGAAACCUACGCCGCACCACAGGAUGUCGUGACCACUGCCUUGCUUGAUGUCCUGCAGGACAAGCUGCGUGCCCGCGAUGACAAGCGACGCUCUCUGCUUGCAUCGCGGCGGCAGUGCACCGCUGCGUCUCUCUCCAGACUGGAGGAGGUACGCGACGCGCAGGCGGCGUUGCAGGACAGGUGUGCUGAGCUGUGGUCAGCGGCGCAGACGCAAGCGACCCAACAGCGUAUCACUCAGGAGAUGGAGGUGGAGGUGGAGAAGGGGCUUAUCACGCUGGCGGCUGAGCAGCGAGUGGUCGAUCGGGACCGCCGUGUAAUGGAGCGGAGGUCUCGCCGCAUCGCAGAACUGACGUCCAGUCUGCCCCAGGAGCCACCGCAUCAUCUUCUGGGAAGCUUGCUUUCCCCGCCACUGCAAGAGGAGGUGACGACCCAUCUGGCGCGCGCACACCCGCUGGGAACCGUUGACAUCAACGUCAUUCCCAAGAUUUCGAGCAGCAACAACACCUUUACUGCUGUGCAUGCCUCUAACAACGCAGCCACGACGGUCAAGAAGAGCUCCGCGGAAGUGUCUUCAUCGUCCUCGCCUUCUCCGGCGUCAGAGGUGUUUCAAGUGAAACGCGGAGAGGAGGCGCCGGUGACACCCCAGAAGAUGUGUCGUACCCCCAACACUGCUGAACCCAGUUAUGCCACAGACACACAGCCGUGGUCCUCUGCACUACUGAGAGCAGAGCAGCGACUUCCGCAUGCCGGCACUGGCGAGAGUAGUGACGUGUCGCCUGCCGCCCAAGGGUCACAGCAGGGACGCCCACACUCUGACAGUGCGCCUACGGCGCAUCACGGCAUGUGUAAUGAGGCAGGCGCGAAAGUUUUGACCUCCUCGCAAAGAGCGCAGCAGGUGGACACGACAAGGGUGUAUCGUUGCUCCGCGGACAUGACCGUCGGAGCCGAGGGCAAUGCUUUCUCCCGUGACAUGGAUCCUCGCAACUCCGGAUCGACGAGAGACGCUGCAGACGAGAAGCAGCGCGGUGGAUCAUGGUCUCGCGAUGCGUCGCUUCCGCCUGUGUCGAGUACGUGGGCAGCGGACUCGGACACAAUCCCGCCCGGUUGCACCUGUGCGACGAUGGCAUCACCGGCUGUGCUUCCAGCACAGCGGCAGCGGCAGCAGUCUCUGCAGGCCCUUCACACUCUAAGUGAACCGAGCGUCUCACAGCCGACAUGGUCCACGCUAGAGGAGUACCGAAGCAGCAGUGCUGACGCUCCCAACCGGGCUGCGGCAGGUACGUCCGCCACCUUCAACUUCACAGCGACCGGGAGCCCGGACGACUGGAGCGACUUCCUUGCCUUGCUGUCCUGCACUGACUCCCCGGCCUCUUCUUCUUUCACCUCGUAG